AUGGCGUCGUCAAACCCUUUCCUCCUGGCAGCUGACAACAGCCCCGCGCUGCUGCCUCUUCUUCGAGAAAAGCCCGAGUUGGCAUCAGGCCAGGACGAACACGGAUACUCGCUUGUCCAUGCUGCGGCCAGCUACAACCACCUAGAUCUGCUCCGAGCGUUGAUCCAGGAAUUCAAGGUGGACGUCAACCUCAAGGACGAAGACAACGAGACUGCCCUAUUCGUCGUCGAGACUACCGACGCCGCCAAAGCCUUGGUCGAUCUAGGUGUAGAUGUCUUGCACAGAGGCUUGGAAGGGCUGACAGCAAGAGAAAAGAUUGAGGGAGAGGGCGAUUUCCCCGAAGUUGCUGUCUAUCUAGCUACCGUUGAAUCCGAAAAAGCCGGCAAGGAGCUCGAGGCCAGCGCAGCCGAGUUCAUGAAGAAUGCCCCAGAAGGCAUGAAGGUCACAGUUGGCACCAUGGACGAGACGCAGGAUAUCCCUGCCGAGUUCGAUCCAGAGUUCCGCCGCAGAAUCGAGGAGUUGGCCCAGAGAGAGGACUUUAAUACGGCCGAGGGCCAGGCGGAUUUGCGCAAGCUGGUGGAGGAGGCCCUUCUUGACCAAGGGUUGUCUGAGGAGCGAAAUGUGCGGUCUAAGCAAGCCUAA